AUGGACAGUCCUAUCAUUAAAUUCAAACAGUUGGCGAAUUAUUUGUGGUUUGAUUUUAGCGGAGUGUUUGCUAUUUCCCAUACGUCCGUCGACCAUCAUGGCCAAUCUGGUGAAACCCAAAAGUUGAUGACACGAGCAAAGUACCACGUUACUGGCGGGUUAACUGGCCUCAACAACCAUGCUUGUGCUUGUUUGAUUUAUCGCACGAAACUCUCCAACAAGUUAACGUACGGCAAACUUUACGCUCUCAAAGGAUUUCUUGUUGGGGCAAAAAGACACAAGAUGCCAUUUUUUAUGUGCGACGUCGACGAAAAAUCUGAAGUGCCGGUCAACUAUGGAAAACAAGAAAUUCAAAUCAAGGCGCUUGGCCGUGUUGCGGAGUGUUGCGGUGAUGAUGAUGAUCAUCAACAACAAGGCACGAUCUCUGUUAUUGUUCGCCAUGAUGGCCUCAAUGAAACUGAUGAAGAAGAUGAAAGCAUGACCGUUGAAUACUUGGUUCCUUGGGUAAACUCCGCGUUAAAUGUUUCUGAGGCUUUCACCAUUGGCAGGCAAGUCUGCUUCUGCGGAACGUUAGGAGGGUGGAAUCAAAGGCUUGACAUGAUGAGAGUCAAGGUGACAAGCGGCAACCUUCAUGACGACCAAGUCCGGGAAUGA